AUGCACGUUACACGGACAACCUGCAUUGCAGGCUUGGCUUUACGCCUCAACCUCGUAUUGGCCACCCAGUCCACUCAACCGUUUGAGGGCCAGACCUUGACCGGCCACUCUGAUCUGCUGCCCGUUUAUGACUACGUAAUUGUGGGCGGGGGUGUUUCAGGGCUUACUGUGGCAAACCGUCUCUCGGAGGAUCAAACAUUAAGCAUUCUUGUUAUUGAGGCGGGGGAAUUUGACCAGAAUGAAGACUUUAUCGUCGUCCCUGCACUUGCAGGCGGUGCCGUUGGUACCAAAUAUGACUGGAACUCGACCUAUUCGCCGAAUCCAGACACCGCAAAUCGUGCGAUUCCUAUUCCCCAGGGAAAGGCAGUCGGCGGCUCCAGUCUGCUCAACCGUAUGGUCUUUGAUCGUGGAUCCAGUGCGGACUAUGAUCGCUGGGAGAUCUUAGGAAAUCAUGGCUGGGGCUGGGUCGAUCUCCUACCGUACUUCAAGAAGAGUGAAACCUUCACGCCCCCGACUCCUGAUAUCGUCGGCGAAUGGGGCGUCACGUAUGAUGCGUCGGUGCAUGGGGAGUCAGGAAAUGUCCAAGCGAGCUAUUCGCCGUGGAUCUGGCCCAGCACCAAGCACUUCAUCAGCGCCCUUACGGAGUCUGGAAUUCACAUCCCCAACGAUGGAGCCAGUGGUGACGCCGUGGGUGGAUUCUUCAGCCCUCAUAACCAGGACCCUGCCACUGCCACCCGGUCCGAUGCUCGCAGGGCCUACUGGGAUCCAGCAUCGACAAGGCCCGGUCUGCAUUUAAUCACCGGCCAUAUGGCGACUCGUCUUGUCAGCCAAGAGUCAGCUGAUGGGCCGAUCAUCACGGCGGUUGAAAUCGCCGCCUCGUCCUGUGCACCACGGACCACAGUCAACGUCCGGAAGGAAGCGAUCCUCGCAGCCGGGGCUAUCCACACUCCUCAGAUCCUUCAGCUCUCUGGAAUUGGCGAUCCGGCCCUCCUCGCCGGACUGAACAUCCCCACGGUGGCCAAUGUCUCAGGGGUCGGCCGCAAUUUCCAGGACCAUGCCUACAUCCCUGUUGUCUUCUCGUUUGACUUUCCACUGGUAGCCGCAAACCUAAGUACAAACGCCACCUUCGCCGAGAAGUCCCGCUCUAUAUACAAUGACCGCAAGACAGGGCCUUACGCGGACGCCACAGCGGACUUCCUCGCCUUUCUCCCGGCGACAAAUAUCACAGACCAAGUCGAGACCAUCUACCAGAACGCUCAAGGUCAAGACCCAAAUAGUUACCUCGAGACCGAUACACCAGCCAGCGUGCAAACCGGCUACACAGACCAGCACAAGCUCCUAACCGAGGGUAUCGCCGCCUUAAAUGAAGCCCAGAUCGAAAUCAUCUUUACGGAUGGCACCUUCGUCAUCGGCCUCCAGCACCCCUUCUCACGGGGAAGCGUGCGUCUGGCAUCAACAGACCCAUUCGCCCCACCACUCGCAGACCCGGCGUACCUGCGUAAUCCCAUCGACGUACAGCUUCUCAUUGCCGCGGUCAAAUACGCCAAAUCACUAGCUACUACAGCCCCGUCCCUGUCCGUGUUUAACCCCGUCGAACAGAUCCCCGGUCCGGCCGUUGUCUCGGACGCAGAUAUAGAGGCUUAUAUCCGCGGUGGUGUGGCGCCUCUUUUCCAUCCGUCUGGGUCUUGCUCUGUAGGGAAGUAUGAGACUGGGGGUGUGGUCGAUACGGAGUUUCGGGUUCAUGGGGUAAGGGGUUUGAGGGUUGUGGAUGCGAGUGUCUUUCCGGUGUUGCCUGCGACGCAUAUCCAGAGUUCGGUUUAUGCGGUUGCUGAGAUGGCUGCCGAUGCUAUCAAGUCUUCGUAG